AAUUUUACUCCAAUUCACUCAUUUUAUUUUUGUUACCAUUACCUGUCCAAACAAACGAAGGCAGCAACUUAAAGCUGCUAGAGCCAAUAAGCAUGCAAAGUAUGCAAAUUAUGAAAAUCUGGAUGACCAUAUUUGGUCGGAUAAUAAUAUUAAUGAAAGGUCUUCCGAUUAUUUUUCUGUUUUAUUAACAGCAGCAAAACUAAAGAAGGCUGCACAAAAUACUCGACCUAUCACUGCAUACUUACCUCCUGCCUUAACAUCUUCUAAUGUUGCCUUGGCUUCGACUUCUACUUUUGGAUUAUCAACAGAAUUAUGUACGCCAACUGAAGUAGAAUCAAUAGGAAGUGAAUCAAUGAAGGUGGAAUCAAUUGAGGUGGAAUUG